AUGAGCCACGGAUCUCCGCAAAGAAAGACGUCUCAAGGCUCUGGGCUUUCGUCGUCCUCUUCCGCUGUCUCGUUAAAUACUUUACCAGACUCGGUGACGCGUCCUGUGCAACCCCAACAACCGCUUAACUCUGCUUCGAUAGGGGGGGCAUCCUCCGGUGACAAUAGUGAUUUCAACUUUACAGACCAGCCCGGAACACAGGCCGGCAUAAAUUCCGGGAUUCCACAAGCUGGCUUUGAACAAAGUCCUUGGGCAACUUCUCCAUACUCUGAAAAUGAUAAUUCAUCUUAUUCCGGACUCGGUUAUCAACCUUCAAAUAGAUACUCUUUUGAUACGGCCCCCGGCCAAGCUCAAGUAUCACGAACCCCGUCAAGAUCCGUAUCAUCACCAUUCCCAUCAACACCAUCAUCCUCUUCACCCUCUUCUUAUCCAAUGCCAGCUGGAGCAGGGUUUAGUAGUCCGGACGUUACGCAUCAUAUUCCUACUGUCCAACUUCCUCAUCAAUCCCCACCACCAAUUCCAGAUGCCCAGCCAGGCUACCUUCCAUCUGACAGUGUUGUAUACCAUUUUGCUAAUCCGCUUCAAACUCAAGACCAACAAACUCAAUCGCAUAGCUUCCAUAUCCGCAACAGCAAUAAUCCGGAUAACCAGCAAACAAAUACUGAUCAUCCGCAUCAGGGACGAAGUCGUAGCUACAGUCUUCGCACUCAGCUUUUUAACAAGACUUUGAAUAGAGAUUCUGCACAGAAUAAUCUGCAACAUCAGCAAUUAGAACCGCCAGUUGAAGUAGCUGCUGAUACAUUGGAACCACAGCCUUUUGGCCCUAAUAAUACCAAAAUCACCGAGGAACUUUUAUUCCCAUAUGAUUCCUCAAAUUCACACGCUCGAAACAAGGAAUCUUCACGUCAAACUCCUUACUUUGCAGAUGGUUCGGCUCAGAAUAAUGCCUUUUCAUUCCAUCAAUCCUGGUCUUCCCAAAAAUUGGCCCAGGUUGGCAUCCGAGGCCGUCUCGACAAGGCCCUAAAGGCGACACGGGACUUUAUCCUAAGAGUCAAAAAACCUCCCCCAUCAAAAGGUGGUCGUGUCAUUCCUUUGGCAAUCUCAACCGAUCAACCUCGUCUUAUUGACAAUCGCACAAACAAAAUUUACAUCGACAAUGAAAUCACUUCCUCAAUCUACACUGUCUACAACUUUUUCCCACGCCAGCUUGCUGCUCAGUUUUCCAAGCUUGCCAAUGUCUACUUUUUGGCGGUCUCAAUCAUGCAAAUGAUUCCUUCGUGGUCUACAACGGGUACAUAUACCACAAUUAUUCCACUUCUUUUCUUCAUCUCAAUAUCAAUGUUCCGCGAAGGUUUUGAUGACUGGCGCCGCCAUCGCCAGGACAAGGAAGAAAAUAACCGUACUGUUUUAGUCGCUCGACUCAAUAGUUCACGUAUGAAUGCCAUGUAUGCAACUUCUUCUACAAACUUGCAGAACCAUACUCAUGCGCAUCGUGAUGAUGAUGACGAUGACGGCGAAUCAACCGAUGAAGAAAAUGACCCCAAUUCCCCCAUCUCUUACGAAGAAGUUAUUUGGAAAAACCUCCGCGUUGGCGACGUUGUCAAGCUUAACCAGAAUGACUGGUUCCCAGCUGAUAUCAUGCUACUUUCUUCCAAAGGUCUUGCAAACAUUGCCUACAUUGAAACAAUGGCCCUUGAUGGCGAAACAAAUUUAAAAACUCGAGAACCGCAUCCAGAGUUUGUCAAAAAGUGCUCUACCCAUGAGGGCCUGGCGUCCUUGGAUUGUACCGUCACUACCGAAGACCCAAAUAUUGAUCUCUACAACUUUGAGGGUACCGUCAACAUGGACGGUGAAGUUCAUCCAUUGUCUUCUUCUCACAUUGUCUACCGUGGCAGUAUUUUGCGUAACACACCCUCUAUUCAUGGCCUUGUUGUUUUCUCUGGAGAAGAGUCCAAAAUUCGCAUGAAUGCCAUUCAAAAUCCCCGCACAAAAGCCCCUCGACUACAACAGUUUGCAAACCGUAUUGUCAUAGUCAUGGUCUGUGUUGUCAUUUUCCUUGCCGUCUUCUGCACUGCCGCCUCCAAAAUCAUGUAUAAGCACCAGGGCUAUUUGAUGUGGUAUCUCAAAGGUCUUGAGGUUGGUGUUAUCCCCAACCUUAUGGGUUUCAUCAUCAUGUUCAAUACGCUCAUCCCGCUUUCGCUAUACGUGUCUAUGGAAAUUGUAAAAGUGUGUCAGAUGCUUAUGAUGCAAUAUGAUCUCGACAUGUACCAUGAAGCCACAGAUACGCCGUUUGAAGCUCAUACUGCUACAAUUAAUGAAGAGCUGGGUCAAGUCAGUUAUAUCUUUUCAGACAAAACUGGUACGCUUACAGAAAAUGAAAUGGUUUUCAGAAAGCUUUCUGUUGCUGGCUAUUCGUGGCUUCACGAUUUGGAUAUCCAAUUUGAAGCCCAAGGUGACAAGUUGUUUCAUCAUGUCAAAAAACCAGAGCGCAAGAAGAGUGUGCGCCAUAAAAAAUCAUCAAUGUCGAUUUCUCGAUCAAGCACUUCUCGGCCUAGUGCUGUUGGUAACCCACAGCCUCGGCCCAGUGCUGCUUCUGCAGCUUUAAUACCCUCACGUGUUAGCACCGAUCAAAUUUUACAACAAGUGGCAGCCCUGCCGCGUAAAAGUACCAGUAACCCUGGGCGAACCAGCAAUGUUGGACGUGCGAGUAAUGUAGGCCGACCAAGUAAUAUUGGUCGCCCAAGCAACGCCGGCCGCCGAAGCGGGUUUGGACGUGCAAGCACCAAUUCUCUUGCGCGCACUUCAAGUGUGCGCUCAACUUGGCGUUCAAAUGCCGCUCCGGCAAAGGAGCAAAACGUACGUUCAACUUUGGAGCUACUUCAGUACAUGCUGGCACAUCCCAACUCGGUUUAUGCUACUAAAGCUAGGUUUUUCAUUCUUUCACUUGCUCUGUGCCACACAUGUGUUCCAGAUAUUGAUGAAAGUCGCGAUGAAAACGGCGAAACACGUAUCGAAAAUCUUGAGUACCAAGCUGCAUCCCCUGAUGAACUGGCUCUUAUCGAUGCCGCUCGUGAUAUGGGUUUCAUUAUGAUUGAUCGACAACACCAAUCUUUGACAAUCCGCACUUAUCCUCAAGGGUUUGAACGUGAUCCAUUGGAUGAACAAUACGAAGUUCUUGACGUCAUUGAAUUUUCUAGUGCCCGUAAGCGCAUGUCCAUUAUUGUCAAGUUCCCAGAUGAUCGCAUUUGUGUCUUUUGCAAAGGUGCAGAUAAUAUUAUUCUUGAACGUUUGCGCCUUGCUGAUCUAGCUGCCGAAAAGGCUGCCGAAAUUAACAAGCAGUCUUCGAUGCGUAAGACUGCUGAGGCUGAUUACGUGGUCCAGCGAACUAGUAUGUCGAACCCUGAUUUGGCUGCUGGGCGCCAUAGUAUUACAGGCGACCGCAGAAGUAUUGCCAUUGAUCGCAAUGAUGUUUUGGGAAGUUUAGACGACUAUCUCCAACAUAGAGCCAAUCCUGAUGAAGAGGUUGAGGAGAUUGCCGAAAUUUCACGCAAGUCUAUGUCGUUGUCUGCGCAACAGCGUUAUGGCGAUAAUGCGGCUGGACCUUCUGGAAGAGUUUCUGGUGAUUUACAUCGCCCUCAAGCUCCUCAACAGUAUCAACAAAACAAUGAUGAUGAUCCAGAUUCCUUCCGUGCUGAUGACCGUCUUGUCUUAAAUGAUGGAUUUGUCAUUGAGCGUACUUUAGAACACAUUGAAGAAUUUUCCACAGAAGGCUUGCGUACUCUCUUAUACUCUUACCGCUUCAUGGAGCACCAAGAGUAUCAUGAAUGGGAGCAAGCAUACAACGUUGCCAAGACUAGUUUGGUUGAUCGUCAGCAAAAGAUUGAGGAGGUUGCAGAGGAAAUUGAGAUUAAUCUUGAUUUGUGUGGUGCUACCGCUAUUGAAGACAAGCUGCAGAGUGGUGUUCCUGAAGCCAUUGACAAACUGCGUCGUGCUGGCAUUAAACUUUGGAUGUUGACUGGAGAUAAGCGCGAAACUGCCAUCAACAUUGGUUACAGUUGCCGUUUGAUCAAAGAUUAUUCCACUGUUAUUGUUUUGCGAUCAGAUGAAGGAGAUAUUUCCGCGCAAAUGACGGGUGCCAUGGGUGAAUUGAGUCGUGGCAAUGUUGCUCACUGCGUGGUUGUUGUCGAUGGUGGUACAUUGACAGACAUUGAGAAGGACAUGACGAUGAUGACAUUAUUUGUGGAACUUGGCGUCAAAGCCGACUCUGUGAUUUGUUGCCGUGCCAGUCCCUCGCAAAAGGCUGCCAUGGUUUCUGCUGUCCGCAAGAAGGUCAAGACUGCAAUCACAUUGGCUAUUGGUGAUGGUGCUAAUGAUAUUGCAAUGAUUCAAAGUGCAGAUGUGGGUAUUGGCAUUACAGGCCGUGAAGGUUUGCAGGCCGCACGUUCGUCUGAUUAUGCCAUUGCCCAAUUCCGAUUCUUGCUUAAGUUGCUACUUGUCCAUGGUCGUUGGAAUUAUGUGCGUACAUGCAAGUAUAUCUUGGGUACAUUUUACAAGGAAAUCUUUUUCUACCUGACUCAAGCAAUUUAUCAGCGCAAUGUCAUGUUUACGGGCACAUCUGCAUAUGAGACUUGGUCGUUAUCCAUGUUUAACACAUUGUUUACCUCAUUGCCCGUUAUUUGUAUUGGAGUUUUGGAAAAGGAUCUUAAGGCGUCAACUUUGAUUGCUGUUCCUGAGUUGUACACCAAGGGCCCCCGCAAUGAAGGGUUUGAUUAUUAUAUUUUUUCUGGUUGGAUUCUUAUUGGUGCCUCUCAGAGCGUUAUUACUUCUUUCAGCACAUACUACAUUUACGGCCACAAUUUGAUUAAGGAAAAUACCAUUUUCCCAUUUGGUGUUAUGAUGUUCUCUACAGUUGUUAUCAUGGUUGUGAUUAAACUGCAGCUUUUGGAGAUGCACAGCAAGACAUUUAUCAACUGGGUAGUAAUUGUUAUUUGCGUUGGCGGAUGGUUCCUUUGGAACAUGUUUUUGUCUUUUGUCUACGACAAGAGUCCUUCUAAGAUUUACAAUGUUCACAAUGCCAUUUUCAAGUAUUAUGGCCGUGAUUUGGCAUGGUGGGCCUUAUUGGUUGCAAUUGUUGUCAUGUGUGUUUUGUAUGAUUUGAUUUUACAAACCGUUCGCGCCAUGGUGCGACCAACAGACACAGACACUUUCCAGGAAUUAGAGAAGUAUUUACCAGUACAUCGACGACUGCAGCAGGAGGCUUACCCGGAACUUGUGCAAGGCUGGACCGUGGGCAAGUUCCGCGAAGAACCUGAGAUGCUGAACUUUUUGGCUGCUGGGGAGUCCGAGGCGUAUCCGUACGCAUUUUCUCGCGACAGCGGCGUGGCAUCGACAAUUGGCGAGGAAUACAAUGGCCCAAUUGGAGCUGGUGAAAUGAGCCAACAACAUGGAGCCAACAGAGACGCGCAAAAUCCAGGAAACUAUGGCUUUGGAGGAGGGCCCUCAGAUGAGUAUAACCUGGAUACAUUGUCUGUGACGCGGCCGAAGCGUAAACGAGAUAAGAUUAAGCAAAAGCUGCGGUUCGCACCACAGCCUACGACAGUGGAAGACGAGCGCGAAGUGCAGGAGAUUUUACGUCGUCGGCAACUCCAAAUGGAUUAA